AUGGCUCGCGAUGUCCUGAAAGCCGCCAAGUCGGCAUCGCAUGUCGUGUCCAUUACUCAGAAAUACACCGUCCCGUCCACUGGCGUCUGGGAGCGGGUUCGUCGUGCUCUCGCCAUCGACCCCAACCGCUCAACCGGUAUCCCGUUGAACUCGCAGUACCGUCUGCCCACCCCAGGAUCUCUGCCGCCUCUGGCCUAUGAUGACCCCGUCACCGUUCCGGCGGGUGAUAUUGCCGACAACCCCUACUGGAAGCGCGACACCCGGAGGAACUACCCCCGCCUGAGCACAGUGAAGCAAGCCGAUGCCGUGGGUCUUCUCACGGUCGGAAGUCAGGCAGCCCCCAAGGAGGAUGUCUUGAAGAUCGGAGAGGCCGGGGAGAAGCAAUUGGUCAGCGUCAAGGAAGAGGGCGAGGAGCGCGGUCUGGCCGCCCUGUUUGAGAAGGAUAAGAACAGCAUCCAGGGUGUCUUGGGCACCAAUGGCCUGCCCCCAACUCCCUGCAACCUGAACUCUUCCUCACAACCCAAGUCCAAGUACGAGAUCAAUUCGGAACAGGGCUAUCCCGAAGUGUAUGUCUCCUUGUGA